GGAGCUGGUGGGGCCAGCUUCUCCUGGAGCCUCGCCCACUGCCCUCCGCAAAGCGAGCUUGAAUCUUAUCCAUCAUGGUGGCCACAGAAUUCACAACCUUCUUCUCUAACAUAUCUGACGACUACAACUACCACUCCACGUCUACCACGGAUGAUGACCUUGAGAACCUUUUCUGUGAGAAAAGCCACGUCAGGCGGUUUGCAAGCUACUUCCUCCCCCCCUUGUACUGGCUUGUGUUCAUCGUGGGUGCUGUGGGCAACAGUCUGGUCAUCCUCGUCUACUGGUACUGCACACGGGUCAAGACCAUGACCGACAUGUUCCUCUUGAAUCUGGCAAUCGCUGACCUUCUCUUUCUCAUCACCCUUCCCUUCUGGGCCAUUGCCGCCGCCGACCAGUGGCGGUUCCAGCCCUUCCUGUGCAAUGUGGUCAACAGCUUGUACAAGAUGAACUUCUACAGCUGUGUGCUGUUGAUCAUGUGCAUCAGCGUGGACCGGUACAUCGCCAUCGCUCAGGCCAUGAAAGCCCAGACCUGGAGGCAGAAAAGGCUCCUGUAUAGCAAAAUGAUCUGCCUCACCGUCUGGAUAGUGGCGGCCACGCUCUGCAUCCCAGAAAUCCUGUACAGUCGACUCAAGAGGCAAUCGGACAUUACCAUCUGCACCAUGGUUUACCCCAGUGACCAGAGCACCAGAGUGAAGUCCACGGUCUUGACCCUGAAGGUCCUCCUGGGCUUCUUCCUCCCUUUCGUGGUCAUGGCGUGCUGUUACACCAUCAUCAUUCACACUCUGUUACAAGCCAGGAAGUCCUCCAAGCACAAGGCCCUGAAGGUGACCAUCACGGUCCUUACGGUCUUUGUCCUGUCUCAGUUCCCCUACAACUGCAUUCUGUUGGUGCGGACCAUCGAUGCCUACACCAUGUUCAUUUCUGACUGUGCCAUUUCCAUCAACAUUGACAUCUGCUUCCAGGUCACUCAAACCAUCGCCUUCUUCCACAGUUGCCUGAACCCCGUCCUCUACGUCUUUGUGGGUGAGAGAUUCCGCCGGGAUCUCAUAAAGACCCUGAAGAACUUGGGUUGCAUCAGCCAGGCACAGUGGGUCUCGUUCACAAGGAGAGAGGGAAGCGUGAAGCUGUCAUCCAUGCUGCUGGAGACGACCUCCGGAGCUCUCUCCUACUGAGGGGUCUCCGCUCCGACAUGGAAGGCCCUUUUUGGAAAUUACGAGAAAUACGGGUACACCUGCGCCAGAUGCAACUGGAGGGAAACCAAUGAAGAAGAAGAAAAAGGAAGUGGGGAUAAAGAAAAACCCGGAAAGGGAUGAAUUUGGACGAUUGCUUUAGUUAGAAUUUCCAAGCCAGAGUUUUCCAAACUGACUGGCUGUCCCCUGAGACUGUUGCUUGGCUCUUGGCUACAAUGGCUGCAAUUUUCAAAGGAGGACUAACACGCGGUCCCGCGGACCCCCCUGGCUUUUUGUCACCUGACGGAGCAUUAAUGCGGCUGACAUUGGGGGGGAUUUCUGUAACUCCACACCUGCCUGCCGGGUUGACCUGCCCAAGGACUCUGCUUGUCCACUCGUGUCACAGGGGUGGGUCAGCCUGCGGAGAGA